GCAAGUGCGGAACUGUGCAUCCAACACCAGUAGUGAGUCACCUGAGAGACUGAAGAGGGUGAGCUGACUGGACCUGGUGGACACGGCGGCCAUUUUACAGUAGGUGUCAGUUCCUACAAGCAACUAACAUCUGCAUGACAAGAGAGACAAUUUUGGGUCAAACUGCGCAUUGAUUGGGGUUUUCGGCCAGCAACGUCUGAACAUCUGAAAAUCAUAAGCCCUGUGUUCAAAAAUAGUCAGUAAAAAUCUGAAGUAUACUGCAACAUGCAAACACGCAGUUUCUCCCUCUCAAUGCUUCAUAAAGAUUUUGUGAUUUGUUCUUUCUCAAUGAAUCACCAAAAUCAGCCCGCAGCAUGAAAAGCUGGAGCAAGAAAUUCAAGAGACAAGAGCCUGACAGUGUGGUUGGGUCCUCCUCUAGCAAGAGGAACUCCAUUAGUGAUCCACCAGUGCCUGUGUGGGUUACUCACACACCCACACCAGAUAAUAUCACAGAUGAUGACGAUACAAAUUCCACAGGCCGCACAUCCAGUACUCCACCUUAUGCAGAGAAGGAGAAAAAAGGGAGCAUGAAGGACAGGCUGAAAUCCCUCAUCCCUCAGUCAUGGGGGGGCAUCAUCAAUAAAUGGACAAGGGAAAGUGACAGUUUCAAUAACUCUGAAGCCAGCACCAUCGCAAUCCUUCCUAAUGGGACCAGGGUGAGUCCUCCUGUAAGUCCACUGCUGGAGCGUAGGAACUGGGGUGAAUCACUGGGCAACUGCAGCCAGAACUCCAAUAAGCCUUUGUUAAGGGCGAGCCCCUCUGAUGAUCUGUUCAAUCAGGGUCCACGAGAGGAAUCUCUGCUCACCAGUAUCCACCCUGCAGAGUACUACGCAGAGAAGCUGGAGGUCUAUAACCAGAAGUACUCUUAUUUGAAAUCCUGGCCAGGCCUGCUCAGACUUCUUGCCGGAUUUCAGCUCCUAUUUGGGGGCAUGGUCUUUGCCUGUGUCAUUGCCUACAUUCAGAAAGACAGUGAGUGGUCCAACAGCUACGGACUCUAUAAUGGUGUAUAUAAUAAUGGGCAAGGCCUAUCUGGGUACAGCUACAGAGGCCCCAUGACUCCCUUUAUAUUAGCAGUAGCUGGAGUCUCCUGGAUUAUAACCCUCAUUCUCUUGGUGAUGGGAUUAACUAUGUAUUAUCGCACCAUACUCCUUGACGCCCCCUGGUGGCCUCUGACAGAGGCCUUCAUCAACGUGGCACUGUUCCUGUUCUACAUGGCAGCAGGGAUCGUCUACCUGAAUGACUUGAAUCGUGGGGGGCUGUGCUACAUGACCAUAGGCGUUAACCCCAUCACGGCCAAUCUGUGUCGGGUUGAUGGGGGCCAGAUGGCGGGAACAGCUUUCAUUUUCAUCAACAUGGCAAUGUAUCUGGGAAGCUUCCUGGUGUGUCUAAAGAUGUGGAGGCAUGAGGCCACACGUAGGGAGAGGGAGUACUUUAAGAACAAGCCCCAAGAGGAGUUUCACCAGUCCAUCCCACUAACCCCUCAAAAACCAAAACGCAUAUCAUUCAAGGAUGAAAUGGAUAAGUCUCUGAGUGAAGAUUAUAUCAAGAACCAUAAGAACCCAGUCAGUCUGAACAAAGCCCCAGCGUCUGAAUACACCCCCAGAGUCCGUAUCAUUGCAGACUACGUCAUAAAGUAUCCAGAGAUCAGCUGUGUGGAAGAAAGGGAAAAGUACAAAGCAGUUUUCAAUGACCAGUAUCAGGAAUACAAGGACCUUCACAGAGACAUCAGCACCACCCUGAAUAAGUUCAGAGAGCUGGAUGCCACGAUGGCACGACUCCUCAGAGGUACAAAAAGCCAAGCGGAUCAGCAGAGGAUUCAAAGCAUUUUGAAGACAUAUCAGCAAAAAAAGAAUGACCCUGCUUUCCUAGAGAAAAAGGAACGCUACGACUAUUUGAAAGCUAAAUUAAGCCACCUCAAAAAGAGAAUCCGCACUUUUGACCAGGAAGCAAGUGGUCAGACGUGAAGAAGGAAAUAUCUGCAGCACCUGCUGAGCAGACAAAAAAAAUAAACUUUGCGUCAUCGGGUUCUUGUCUUUUGCACUAGCAUAUUGACUGCAUUGAAUGUAUUGUAUUUUGAAUGAAAAGCAUAUUUUUCGAUCUGGGUAGAUUAAAUAGAUUAUUGGACAUUUUUCUAACAGAAUCAACAUGAGGUUAGUGUUAACAUGUAUCCACAGUUCUAAUCCUACUGAGCUACAACAUUAUUAAAGGCUAAAUGGUACACUUGUUUUGUACAGCUUUCACUAAAUGUCAUGUUACAUUUUCUUAUUAUAUACGUGUCAUUUAUGUCUGUGCAGAGGGUCAACAUGUUGCUUCAGUGUACAUUUUAAAUUAAAGUUCUGCCAGUUUUUCAUGUCAUA